CGGGAGCCGCCGCCGCCGGAGGAAGCGCCGCCGCCGCCGCCCUCAGUGUCCGCCCGAGCCGGGAGGGGAGAGGCCCGCACAGCCCCCACCAUGAACAAGUUGAAAUCAUCACAGAAGGAUAAAGUGCGUCAGUUUAUGGUCUUCACACAAUCUAGUGAAAAGACAGCAGUGAGUUGUCUGUCUCAAAAUGACUGGAAGUUAGAUGUUGCAACAGACAAUUUUUUCCAAAAUCCUGAACUUUAUAUACGAGAGAGUGUUAAAGGAUCACUGGACAGAAAGAAGUUAGAACAACUAUAUAACAGAUACAAAGAUCCUCAAGAUGAGAAUAAGAUUGGUAUAGAUGGAAUCCAGCAGUUCUGUGAUGACCUAGCUCUUGACCCAGCCAGCAUCACUGUACUCAUCAUUGCAUGGAAAUUCCGGGCUGCCACACAGUGUGAAUUUUCAAAGCUGGAAUUCAUGGAUGGAAUGACUGAGCUAGGAUGUGACAGCAUAGAAAAACUGAAGGCCCAGAUUCCUAAAAUGGAACAAGAAUUAAAAGAACCAGGAAGAUUUAAAGAUUUUUAUCAAUUUACUUUCAACUUUGCAAAGAACCCUGGACAGAAAGGUUUAGAUUUAGAAAUGGCCAUUGCCUACUGGAAUUUAGUACUUAAUGGAAGAUUUAAAUUUCUAGACUUGUGGAACAAAUUUUUAUUGGAACAUCAUAAAAGAUCAAUUCCUAAGGAUACCUGGAACCUUCUUCUAGAUUUUAGUACAAUGAUAGCAGAUGAUAUGUCUAACUAUGAUGAGGAAGGGGCAUGGCCAGUUCUUAUUGAUGACUUUGUGGAAUUUGCACGCCCUCAAAUUGCUGGGACAAAAAGUACGACAGUGUAGCACUAAAGGACCCUUCUAGAGUGUACAUAGUCUGUACAAAUACCUGAAAUGGAAAAUUGCACAGUCAAUUUCUGCUGGCUGGACUGAACUGAAGAUCAAUCCUCACAAUGUGGCUGAGGGUUGAGACAAACCUUUACGGAUACAUCUUGGACCAUAUCAUAUUUCAUUCUUCUACUGGUGGUUUGGGCUUUUCUUCUAGUCUGGACCACUCUUGCCCGUUAAAAUUCCAACACUGUGGAUUUCAUCA